AUGGACGCGCACUCGCGCGCGCACUCGCGGAACGCGACGAUCGAGACGACGCGGGACGAUGAAUUGUUCGCCGCGACGGGAAACCGCGUGCUGCGAGAAUCGCCACCCGCCAAGGUUGUUCGCGGCUUCUCCGCGGAUUUCGACGAGAGGUCCGAGCACUCGGACAGCGCGAUAUCGAGUUCGGAGUUAUUUCACACCUGUGACGCGUCGCCGAAGAGCGAACGGGCGCUCACGCGCGACGGCAGAGCUCAGGGACUCGCGAGCUCGCACCGAGACGCGUCCAGCUCGGGGAGCCGAGGCGCGCUCGUGCGCGCGUUGCACGACGACGAGGAGCGGCGAAACGCGAAGACGCUGGUCAGGAACGAUUCGAACGAUUCUGAUCGAACGUACGCGUACGGCGGCGGAGUCCCGUGCGCGUCGAGCGGCGAGCGCGAGGUCGAGCGAGACGCUCGGGAGCGCGACCUGACGUGGAACACCGACGCCGAGCUCUUGACCAGAAUCUCCACCAUGGCGGCGCCGAUAUCGUCACCUAUAGAUAUUCCUGCGAGCGCGGACGGAAAGAAUCAUUGGAAGCUGCGCGCGCCGCUGAUCGCGAGACAACGCCGAUGA